ACUUGCAGCUCAGGGGGGCUUUUGCCAUUUUUUUCAUCUCUCUCUCUCCUUCUCUCUCUCCCUCUCUCUCCCUCUCCCUCUCUCUCUCUCUUUUUUUUCCUUGCACAAAAAAAAAAAAAGCCAUGACUGCUAUCCCACAAUUCAUCUUCCCUGCGCCAUCUUUGUAUUAUUUCUAAUUUAUUUUGGAUGUCAAAAGACAUUGAUGAAGAUAUUUUCUCUGGAGUCUCCUUCCUCUCUAACCCGUCUCUCCCGAUGUGAACCGAGCGACUCACAAGCCACCGAAGCCACCAACCCACCAUGUCGCGCCGCAAGCAAGGCAAACCCCAGCACUUAAGCAAACGGGAAUUUUCACCCGAACCUCUUGAAGCCAUUCUCACUGAUGACGAACCUGAACAUGGCACAUUGGGAGCUCCGGAAGGGGACCACGACCUCCUCACUUGUGGCCAGUGUCAGAUGAACUUCCCGUUGGGGGACAUUCUUAUUUUUAUUGAGCACAAACGGAAACAAUGCAAUGGCAGUCUCUGCUUAGAGAAGGCUGUGGAUAAGCCACCUUCACCCUCACCAAGUGAGCUGAAAAAAGCAUCCAAUCCCGUGGAGGUUGGCAUCCAGGUUACGCCAGAGGAUGACGAUUGUUUAUCAACGUCAUCUAGAGGAAUUUGCCCCAAACAGGAACAUAUAGCAGGUAAAGACGAGCCCAGCAGCUACACGUGUACGACUUGUAAACAGCCUUUCAACAGCGCCUGGUUCCUCUUGCAGCACGCACAGAACACGCACGGCUUACGGAUCUACCUAGAAAGCGAGCACGGCAGCCCCCUGACGCCACGGGUUGGUAUCCCAACAGGACUAGGUGCAGAGUGCCCUUCCCAGCCACCUCUCCACGGGAUUCACAUUGCAGACAAUAACCCUUUUAACCUGCUCAGAAUACCCGGCUCGGUCUCGAGGGAGGCGUCGGGGCUGGGAGAAGGGCGUUUCCCACCCACGCCGCCCCUCUUUAGCCCUCCCCCGAGGCACCAUUUGGAUCCGCAUCGCAUUGAGCGCCUGGGUGCGGAAGAAAUGGCUCUGGCCACCCAUCACCCUAGUGCCUUUGACAGGGUGCUGCGACUGAACCCCAUGGCGAUGGAGCCCCCCGCUAUGGAUUUCUCCCGGAGGCUGCGGGAGCUGGCCGGCAACACCUCCAGCCCGCCCUUGUCCCCGAGCCGGCCCAGCCCUAUGCAAAGGUUGCUGCAGCCCUUCCAGCCCGGCAGCAAGCCCCCGUUCCUGGCCACGCCGCCCCUCCCUCCUCUGCAGUCCGCUCCUCCUCCCUCCCAGCCGCCCAUGAAGUCCAAGUCCUGCGAGUUCUGCGGGAAGACCUUCAAGUUUCAGAGCAACCUGGUGGUCCACCGCCGGAGCCACACCGGGGAGAAGCCCUACAAGUGCAACCUCUGCGACCACGCCUGCACGCAGGCCAGCAAGCUGAAGCGCCACAUGAAGACCCACAUGCACAAGUCCUCCCCCAUGACGGUCAAGUCGGACGACGGGCUCUCCACCGCCAGCUCCCCUGAGCCGGGCACCAGCGACCUGGUGGGCAGCGCCAGCAGCGCCCUCAAGUCUGUGGUGGCCAAGUUCAAGAGCGAGAACGACCCCAACAUGAUCCCCGAGAACGGGGACGAGGAAGAGGAGGAAGAGGAGGAGGAAGAGGAGGAGGAGGAGGAGGAAGAGGAGGAGGACUUGAACGAGAGUGACAGGCCGGACUACGGCUUCGGGAUGAGCCUGGAGGCGGCCCGCCACCACGAGAACAACUCGCGGGCUGGCGAGGAGGGCCGGGCGAUGCCGGACGUCAUGCAGGGCAUGGUCCUGAGCUCCAUGCAGCAUUUCAGCGAGGCCUUCCACCAGGUCCUAGGGGAGAAACACAAGCGGGGCCACCUCCCCGAGCCCGAGGUGCACAGGGACACUUGCGACGAAGACUCGGUGGCCGGCGAGUCCGACCGCAUCGACGAGGGGGCCGUCAACGGCCGGGGCUGCUCCCCGGGGGAGUCCGCCUCGGGCGGCCUGUCCAAAAAGCUGCUGCUGGGUAGCCCCAGCUCCCUGAGCCCCUUCUCCAAACGCAUCAAGCUGGAAAAGGAGUUCGACCUGCCGGCCGCCGCCAUGCCCAACACCGAGAACGUUUACUCCCAGUGGCUGGCGGGCUACGCCGCCUCCCGGCAGCUGAAGGACCCCUUCCUCAGCUUCGGCGACUCCCGACAAUCGCCCUUCGCCUCCUCCUCCGAGCACUCCUCGGAGAACGGCAGCCUGCGCUUCUCCACGCCGCCGGGCGAGCUGGACGGAGGGAUCUCAGGCCGCAGUGGCACGGGAAGCGGAGGGAGCACCCCCCAUAUUAGUGGCCCGGGCCCUGGCAGGCCCAGCUCAAAAGAGGGCAGACGCAGCGACACUUGUGAGUACUGUGGGAAGGUCUUCAAGAACUGUAGUAAUCUCACCGUCCACAGACGGAGCCACACGGGCGAGAGGCCGUAUAAGUGUGAGCUUUGCAACUACGCCUGCGCCCAGAGUAGCAAGCUCACCCGGCACAUGAAAACACACGGGCAGGUUCGGCGUACCCCCCCGGCUGGCGCGGCGCCCAGGGAGCCCCGGACGUCUGGCAGUUUUCGGAUGGAACUUCAAGAGCACUUAAAUUCUGAAAGGAGGUGAAGGUGGGGCGAGCGGCCGGCGGCGUCUCGGCAUCCGGAGGUGGCCUCUGUCCUGCUGUCCCCGGGAGAGCCUGACAAGUCCGUGGCCGAAGGCAGCGCUCCCCGGGCUCCUCCUGCCUGCAAGACUAUCGUAUUUAUAUUUUGUAACAGAGUACACCACUUCUUCGGGGUCGGUUUGCUUUGGGGAGGGAGGGGUUUGGUUGGUUGGUUGGUUGGUUGGUUGGUUGGUUGGUUGGGGUGGUUUUUUUUAUUUUCUAACAACAAAAGGAAAGCAAAACCCACCCACCAAGGUCAAGGGCUUCUCGAUGGCUUCGACCAGCUUCUUCCCCCGUGCUCACAGACUGUCCUGCUCUCGUGGGCAACCCGGUCCGGCUCGUUGGUCCUCUCCGC